CACCCAUAACCAACAAUAUUCUACGCCUAUCCAACUUUCUGAACGUCUUGUAUAGUUAAGUGGAAUAUUCACAGUUAACCUCCAGACCGUAACCAUGAAGGCCAUCCUGUUGAUCAGUCUGAUCGGUUUCGUGGCUAGCCAGCAGUACGUGUGGGACCUGCUGAAGCCAGCACUGAAUGCCGCGGAAGUGCAGGCCAUCCUGGCCAACCGGGACCAGAACCAGUACCCCACUCUUGCCGCCAUCCCAGCCUCCGCCCAGAACUUCGACUGCUCCGCCAAGAAGCAGCCAGGUUUCUAUGCUGAUGUUUCCACCCAGUGCCAGGUUUUCCACCGAUGUGAUAUUAACGGAAACCACACCAGCUAUCUGUGCCUGAACAUGACCGUCUUCAACCAGAUCACGCUCGUCUGCGACUAUUUCUUCAAUGUCGACUGCGAGAAGUCACCGCAAGUUGAAGACUUUGCCAACUCCCGCCUGUACACUGACAAGCCCCUCUUCGACACUCCCCCCGCUGACUACGUUCCCCCCGGCGUCGGUGCGCCACAGAUCAUGGCUGCCCAACCGGCCCAGAAGAAAGCCGCCCCUAAGCCGAAAGCUGCUGCUGGCAAGAAGGGAUUCAUUUAAAUUUUCAGCCUCAACUUAACGGAGUUAAUAUUAGAAAUUAAAAAGCACUAAAAUACCUGCACUUUUUGAUACUUACUGCUAAAUGCUUUAGCGAGAAUUUUUAGCUGUCGUUAAACUGCCUUUUGUUAAGAACUGCCAAAAUAUAUUGAUCUGCUGCUGUUGGGAUGGUGUUUAGUCGAUUUUAUGGGGCUUUUGCUCCGCGAUGAAAUAAAAACGUCGGAAACUUG